AUGGACAGCCCGAACGACAACGAUGUCAGCAUGGGUGAUCUUCCCGACACCGGCGUUAGCGCAGACAACGUAGACAACGGCGUCGAGUCUGGGGACAUCGUCUUCUUUACCGAAUGCGAGAACGUCGCGGAGCACAACGUUGACGUCAACCGCGAGCGCGACGGCGACGUCGCCAUGGACGACAACGCUGAGCCUGAGCAUCCGGAUGUUGUGGAAAUCAAGGCCUUUCACCGUAACGCUGAGGAGAAGCUCGCCAUCAAGACGUACAAGAUUAACAAGGAGAUCACCCUGUUGCCCUCUCUCCACCGUAUCUACUUCCAUCCCGACGAGGCAGUCGUUCCCCAAGCUCCUCCCUUCCUCCAACUCGCCAACUUCUUCAUCUUGUACAACGACAUCGCCAAGGCCAACUUCCUCGCUGACAAGAGCUUGCCUCUCAUGGUCAACCAGGCGAUCUUCUUCUAUGGUCUGGACAGGGGCCAUUCGUUCUCCCGAUUCUUCGAUCAGAUCCGGUACAAUAUCGUCUUGAUGGCUUUCGCUUGGGCAUCAGACUUCGAUCACAGGUACUGCCGAGAGGGGUGCAAGGAGUUCGUCCGGGCCUUUUUCCGCGCGUGGAUCGAGUCGCAGGUCUUUGAGUACGACCCUGAUGCAAACAACUUCGAGCGACGUGAAGCCUUCAUCGCCCUUUGGCAGAACUCGCCUUUCGACUUCCACUACUUUAGUGCGAGGCGCGCUAAGACAGUAGCCAAGGUUCUCAAAGUGCUCGCGAAUCAGGUCGAACUCCUCCCGAACCUACCGACGCCUGCCAACUUCAUCCAAGCCGUACGCUGUGGCGAGCUGAGUGAAGAGAUGUUCGACAAAUUUGGUGCGGCAAUGACGUUGCAAUGGUUGAUGGGUCUGAGGGCACAGCAUGAUAAGCGACAACGUCAAAUUGACGAGGAGGAAGAGUAUGAUCAGGCUGGGCUAGAGCUGAAGCGAGCUAAGGCUCACAAGGGAUAUCUCGAAGCGGCCCGCCAUUUCGGCCAUCUUUCCAUGGACUACCAGCCGGCUGACGAGUUCGAUCCCUUUGAAGAAAACGCCUUGAUACAUCCCGGCAUGUCCAAGAUUGACAGGGACGAACAGCUCUUGUCGGCCUUACUCCUCCCUAUCGACGACUACCUUGAGCAUCCAAGCAAGGUGAGCGAUAAGAAAGAUCGUGUGGUUGAUGAGACGAGCUUCUGGGUGUCUCAUGCGCAAGUCCAGGCUAUCUUGAAGGAGGAUGUGCCGAAGCAAGAGUACAGCCGGCUCAUGGCUGAGAUGACGGUGUUGCUGAACACCACGGUGAUGGAGCCUACAGAGGAGUAG